UGCUUAUGGCAUUUGUUGAAAUUCAUAAAAUCUUCAAAUAAAUAAUUGCGUUUCAUACAAAAUCUUUUAAAUAAUAAAUAUUGUCCUUAAUUAUGUUGCGAUGUUUAAUAAAAAACUUCCAAAAAACUCUUCUAUUAACAAACUCAAUUCCUGCUGAAUUAAGUCCUCAAUUCACUAACUCGUUGGUACGUACUUUAACAACAAACCUUGCACCCAACAACCCACCACCAGAAGAACCAACAACAUCGGCGGCUGCUGCCAUCCAAAAUCCCCUGGACACAGAUGAAUACAUCGUUCCAUAUCCUGCAGAUCGGGAAUCACGAAGAAAAAAUAAUAAUUAUGUUAUAGAAGCAUUACGCAAAAGAUUUCGCUUAACCGAAAAAGAUGUUGAAAAAGUCUUAUCCGAUGAUGCAGUUCACUUAAGUUAUAAGGAGAAGUUUCUUACACGAGCUCUGGAUAUUCUCGUAAAUUAUGGCAUAACAAAGUCAACAUUAUUGGAGUGUCCCUGGCUGUUGACAAUGGAACCAAAACGCCUCGAACCCAAAAUUCAAGAACUCAUCGAUAUGAACCUUCGCGAUAUCAACGACUUUGCACCUCUACUUCGAUUGAAUAGCGCCCGCUUUAGUAAACUUAUGUUAUCAUUUAGACGAGAAUCAAAAUAUAUUCCCCAUGGUAAUCGCAUAUACUUCAUAAGCGAAAAACUGGACUUACCUCCAUUCACUGUGACCAAGUACCUCUCGAAGCGCCUUUUCAUUUUGGAAAUGCCCUUCGAUACAUUGAAUAAAAAUCUUACACAUAUGCUCAAUUACAAUGUGUCUUCGUGGAAUAUUAUUCGAGAUCUUUGGGCAUUCCGUUAUACACCCAAGUCGAUUGAGAACAGAUUGGAACGCGCCAAACUAGCGAAAAAAGACAAGAUUAUGCCCUGGAUGGUGCGAUGUCCGGAAAAUAUUCUACAAAGAUCUUUUAAAAUCUCCAUAGACGAAGAUAAAAUACUAGAAGGAAAGGACUCAGCGGUGGCGUAUGUUGCUGACAGACUAGGUUUCUCAGUGCCUGUUACUCUUGCGAUUAUGAACAAACAUCCUGCUGUACUCAAAGUUCGAGUUCCAAAGAUCAAAGAGGUUCUUGACUAUCUUCUUGACGAAGAAGAUUUCACCCGCCACGAAGUCGCUCAAGUACCCCGCAUUCUAUGCCACAAACUGGAAACCACCAAACAACGAAUUACCGAAUUGAAAUCAUAUGGCUGUCGAUUAAGCUCCUUGGUUAUUGUUUGCAAGAGCAAACGAGAGUAUGCCAAGUUCCUCAACAACUGGAUAACUAUUCGGGAAAAAAUAGAAAGCCAAAAAAAAUAAAAAAAUGUAAUUUAAUUUUCGUCACUUUUUCUUUUCUUUUAUUUUUAAAAAUAAAUCACAAAACACUGAACAUAAAAUAUAAACAAAUUAAAAUAGGGUAAAUAAGAGUAUUAAAGAUGAAAACUUGA